CAGCAAAGCGAUGAAGAACUAAUAUGUCAUCGGAUUUGUUUUGUUAAAGUUGUACUAGUUCACCCUGGAUGUUUAGAGCCGCUUUGUCUCGUUUUCAGAACAAAUGGAAGUCCUAUCGACACAGGUUUGUGCCUUGGGUCGCACUGAACUUGUCUAAAAAUGAGAAGACUCUGCGAAAAGUGAAGGGGCGCAGCCAAGAUAAGCUGGUCCCAGACGAGGACGUGUCCAGAACCCUCCUGCGGCUCUUUUGGCUCCUUCACAGAGGAAACAACGCUCAAGCAGCCUCUGUCUCGGCAUCUAGUAAUCAUGAGGAGUUUAGGACGGGUGCAAUAUGUGCACACGACGCCAUGCUACAUUCUCUCGGGUUUUGCAUUGAAAGGAAGCCAAGCACUUUGCCUUUUGCAGGAACUGGAGUAUUUGUCACAAGAGGUGUUGUUCCUGAAGGAGCUACAGUUGCCAUGUAUCCCGGGACAGUCUAUCAGGCUUAUGAGCCCAUUCUCCUUCAGUCCAUCCGCAACCCAUUUGUUUUCAGGUGCAUUGAUGGAGUUCUAGUGGAUGGAAAUGACAAGGGCAUCUCCAAAAUGGUGUUCAGGUCUUGCAGUGGCAGGGACAGACUGGGGCCUUUUUUGACCAGUGACACAAGUUGGUUGACAACAAAUCCAUUAAACCCCCUUGCUGUGGGUCAGUAUGUUAACAACUGUUCCAAUGAUAAGUCUGCCAAUGUGUGCUACCAGGAAUAUGAUGUGCCCAAUAAUUUCCCCCUGGAGCUCAGACAGUAUUUGCCAAAUGUCAACUACAGUCAGGACGCUCACCAGAGGCUUUUACGCUGCGUAGUUUUGGUGUCACUCCGGGAAAUUUCAGCUGGAGAGGAACUCUUCUCAAACUAUUAUACUAUUAUACAUUAAUUUGAGUGGCUACAAGUCUGAAUCCACAUAAUUAAGUAUACCUUUACCUUAAAGGAACUUUAUGUAAGUUUUUGAUUUAAAAGUUAAGAAACUUGUAUAGCUUACUGAUGACUACUGUAAUUGGCCCUCGCCACUAACAAAGUUAGGGGCGAGGGGUAUUGUUUUUGCUCGGUUUCUUACGCUCUAUUAUUAUUAUUUUUCCUUGCAAAGGAUCUCAAUUUUGAGGGCCUAAACGUCGACGAAAAGUCCCCAAACCGGGGUCCAGAUCGAUCGGCCCGGCGAAAAAUUCGAUAAAAUGGGCAUCGCGACAAUGACCCGAGUGACCCGACUCAACAGCGCCACCUAGAAUUCGACCCCUAUGGGACUAGGGACAAACAAAGUUUGUCGCAGGGAAACGAAAUUCGGGACAGUGAUAGAGAACAAUGAGACAAGCCAAAAGAUGAAUUGGAGCAUGACCCUAUGACGAACAGGAAGUCGGCCAUAUUGGAUCAAACAUUUGGCGCCGUUUUGACUUGGGUGUCUACAAAAAGAUUCAAGUUCCCGGGGUUUGGUCCAAAUGAGCUCAGAUUUGACAUGUCACAUCUACAGACAUAAACUCACAGAAAUUUUCAACUUUUUUUGGAAUACUCCUUACGGUUCGCCCGUAGCACGCCGCCGAAAAACGCCUUCAUUUCCUGUUUUUUCGGUGACCUGUCACGGCCACAGGCAUUGUCCUAGAGAACUCAAAUUCAAAUCACAAUUGCGUGAUCCAGGCCUGAAUGUGAUGAAAUAUGAAAUGUAAUAAAAGUGAACUCUAUAGCGCCCCCUAGCAUAGACAUGAAACGUCAACAUUAUCGGAUUUGGACCAAAGUCGGGGAUUAAAUUUCUAUGCAUGAUUACAAGCAAAAAAGUUUAUUACGGAUAUGAUGCAUUUUCCACCAUUGGCCAGCAGGGGCGCAAAGACCCCCAAAAAAUAGUUAAAAAAUUAUUACACCCACAGGCUUAGUCCGAUCGUGCUGAAAUUUGAAUCACUAAUGCCUGAUCACGGCCUAAACAUAAUACACUAUAAAACAUAUGAAAAAUGAACUCUAUAGCGCCCCCUAGCAUAGACAUGAAACGUCAACAUUAUCGGAUUUGGACCAAAUUCGGAAAUUAAAUUCUAAUGCAUGAUGACAAGCAAAAAAGUCUAUUUCGGACAUGAUGCAUUUUCCACCACUGGCCAGCAGGGGCGCAAAGACUCCCCCAAAAAAAUAGUUAAAAAAUGAUUCCACCCACAGGCUUAGUCCGAUUGUGCUGAAAUUUGAAUCACUAAUGCGUCAUUGUCGACCUGGGCGAAUGUCGGGAAGAGAGCGUGGCGUGCCGGGGCGGUCGCGAGUCCCCGGAGGUCGCGUGGGGUGGUGGUGCGCGCCGGGGCGAGGGCCACCAUUGCCGCUCAUUGUGCUCAUCUUUUUUGGCAAUUUGCUUUCGAAGACCACAGUUCUUUAGUUUAAGGUCAUGGUUUAAGGUCAAGGGUAUAUUUCCUCUGUUAUUUCUGGCCAUUUUUGUUUUAUAAUUGAGUUGUUUUGUAAGUGUUGCUGUACUUACUGUUACGCAGAUAAAAAGUGCGACCUACUCUGUGAAAUCUACUCUGUAAAGUCUCCUCUGUGAAGUCUACUGUUUGAAAUCUUUGUACGAUUUGCUCUGUGUCAAGCUCAGCUAAAUGUGCCUUUUCCGUUAAACGAUAUGUGAUUUUCGAUUUGCGAUUUGCCUACUCUUAUAAUCUCCCCGAGGCCAAACAAAGCUUUGAGUUAAAGCCCACAAAGCUUUGAAGUUUAGCUUUGAGUUCCGGAGUUGCCAUGGUAACAAGGCUUUAUGGAACUUUACAUGUAUGAUGUCAUCGGCGCCGUGAACCUGAUGGAACUGGGAGGUUUUCAGGUUCUAGAAUGUGAUGAUGUCAUACUCCCAGACGGGGCAAGAGCCACGUUUCCCUGUUGACUGAGGCCGAGUGUUGUUAAGAAGUCACUGAUAUGAGACAAACCUCGAUACAGUGCGCUUUCGAUUCGAUACGGUUCAGUAAAAAAUAAAGGCUAAAUCAUGGAAAAUCUUUGUUAAACCACUUCUUGUGCAAAGUUCAUAUGAAACACAAACAUUUUAAUCCUCAAAACAGCGAAAAUGUCAAACGAGUUUCCUUCCAUUAAACAAACAACGAAACUGUAGCUGUAACAAAAUCAUUUAGUAAAAUAAACCAAAAAUACUCUUGGUGAUAUAUAUCGAUAGAGCAGCCCACAAUAUCGAUACUGUGUCAUCACAUUAAACGAUACGAUAUAUCGAUAUUUCAGUAUUUUUGCACACCCCUCUACUCUUUAUCACACUGUACUUUGCCACGAAAUAUCCAAAAGGUAAACGCACAAAUGUUAAACCUGGUAUUGAAAUGAUUAAAAAACUCACUGUUAGAACACAAUGGCCAUGUUCACAUGAUGUUUUUUAAUUGUUCUGGAUUAAAUUGUUUGGACUUAAAAUAUUUUCCUUGGAGUUUACAUGGAAAUAAUAAUUCUGAAUAUCUGGGUUUCACGUGACAU